GGGAACUCAGAGCCGGUGCCCGGGCACACACAACCGCCGCAUCCCGCGCUAACGUCUCCGGCGGAUCGCCCGCCUUUCUCGAGGGGCGUGGCCUGAGUAGACAGGAGGCGUGGCCGGGAGCCCAGGCUAUGUGUCAUGUCUUCAUUUCCCUGGGUGUGGUUUUAGCAGAUACUUUACUGUUCCGUUAGGAGAAGAAUCACAUUGUUACAGCAGCGGCAUCCAGGCUCAAGUACAACCCUCAUCAUCCUCCCCGUGCUGUAUGGAGAGAAGCUGAGAGCUAUAAGGGACGACUGCAGACAACAUACAACCCGCCACCAUGCCAAAAACUAUCAGCGUACGUGUGACCACAAUGGAUGCAGAGCUGGAGUUUGCCAUCCAGCCCAACACCACCGGAAAACAACUCUUUGACCAGGUUGUGAAAACAAUUGGACUUCGAGAAGUCUGGUUCUUUGGACUUCAGUACCAAGACACAAAGGGCUUCUCAACAUGGCUAAAACUGAACAAAAAGGUCACUGCUCAGGAUGUGCGGAAAGAUACCCCAUUGCUUUUUAAGUUUCGUGCCAAAUUCUAUCCAGAGGAUGUUUCCGAGGAACUAAUCCAGGAUAUCACCCAGCGACUCUUCUUUCUCCAAGUGAAGGAAGGCAUUCUGAAUGAUGACAUUUACUGUCCACCAGAAACGGCAGUGCUGCUGGCUUCAUAUGCUGUGCAGGCCAAAUAUGGGGACUUUAACAAGGAUGUCCAAAAGACAGGCUAUUUGUCACAAGACAAGCUGCUUCCUCAGAGAGUUCUGGAACAGCACAAACUUACUAAAGAUCAGUGGGAAGAAAGAAUCCAUGUCUGGCAUGAAGAGCACAGGGGCAUGCUAAGGGAGGAUGCUAUUCUAGAGUACCUGAAGAUAGCCCAGGAUCUGGAGAUGUAUGGUGUUAACUACUUUAGCAUUAAGAACAAAAAGGGUUCUGAACUUUGGCUUGGAGUAGAUGCAUUGGGACUAAAUAUUUAUGAACAAAAUGAUAGAUUGACACCCAAGAUUGGCUUUCCAUGGAGUGAGAUCAGAAACAUCUCAUUUAAUGACAAGAAAUUUGUUAUCAAACCUAUUGAUAAGAAAGCUCCAGACUUUGUAUUCUAUGCUCCCCGAUUACGGAUCAACAAGCGAAUUUUGGCACUCUGCAUGGGCAACCAUGAGUUGUACAUGCGUCGAAGGAAGCCAGACACCAUUGAAGUCCAGCAGAUGAAAGCUCAAGCAAGAGAAGAGAAGCAUCAAAAGCAGAUGGAGAGAGCUCUUCUGGAAAAUGAGAAGAAGAAAAGGGAGCUGGCUGAGAAAGAGAAGGAAAAGAUUGAGCGUGAAAAAGAGGAACUGAUGGAAAGGCUAAGGCAGAUAGAAGAUCAGACUAGAAAAGCCCAAGAAGAGUUGGAGGAACAGACCCGAAGAGCCUUGGAAUUGGAGGAGGAACGUAGAAGAUCACAGGAGGAGGCCGAGAGACUCGCUAGAGAGCGCCAGGCUGCUGAGGAAGCCAAGGAAGCCCUAUUGAGACAAUCACAGGACCAAAUGAAAAAUCACGAGCAGCUGGCCGCAGAGCUUGCUGAGCUGACGAGCACAAUCAGCGAACUGGAACUUGCCCGUAGGAAGAAGGAAAGCGAAGCAGACGAAUGGCAGCAAAAGGCUCAGGCAGUGCAGAUAGAUUUAGAGAAGACCAAGGAUGAACUGAGGCAUGUCAUGAUCACUACUCAUGUCCAGGAGCCAAUAAACGCAGAGAAUGAACAUGAUGAUGAGCAAGAUGAGAACAGUGCAGAGGCCAGUGCUGAACUAAGAGGCGAAGCAACUAGUAUGGACCGAAGUGAAGAACAACGGACCACAGAGGCAGAGAAGAAUGAAAGGGUCCAAAAACACCUUCAGUUGUUAAGUUCUGAGCUGGAAAAGGCCAGAGAUGAGACCAAGAAGACAGAUAAUGAUAUUCUGCAUGAAGGAAAUGUGCGGGCUGGAAGAGAUAAGUACAAGACACUCCGCCAGAUCCGCCAAGGCAACACCAAGCAGCGUAUAGAUGAAUUUGAAUCUAUGUAACACCCUUAUAAUCCUCUUCUCCAUUUCACACUUUGGUUUCCUUCCUCCUUUCAAUGGCUCAGCUUCAAUGGAACUGCUGUACCACAUUAUAAGUCAGGGUUUGAUGCAGUACAAUCGUAGACCUGUAGUAUUUCAGAUCUUUCUCUACAGGUAGUGUUCUGUAUUCAUCAGUUUGGUUCUUCCAAGGAUAUUAAGCAGCCAGCCACAGAAAGCUCUUUCUAUUUCUCCAGCAAAUCUUGAAGUAUAUUGCCCCAAUAGUUUCUUCCUAACAAGCUUCUGCCAUAGUUAACAAUGGAGCUUUGUGUGCCUAUUAUAUUUUCAGAUUAUGAAGACCAAAUUUUAGACAAGCCAUUGUAAUUUUCCUUGCACUGGUGUCAUGGAGAGGCUCAAUCCCAUCCCUCUGUAUUGGCUGCAGUACAUUCCAUUGUUCUCCUUUAAAUUGUGUAUUAGAAAUUAGAACAAGCUGUAACACUCAAAAGCCUCCAGUGCUCCGGUGAUCAUUUAUAGUUAUUUAUUGUGGAAAACCAAUGACUAAUCUAUUAAGCAGUGACAUAGAGAAAUUGUUACAUAUUAUGAAUGAGAAAUUUGCCUUAGGUAUUGAAUUACCAGUUGUGCCUCAGAUUUUGUGUAAUGUCAAUUACACAUUGGAUCCAUAUCCAUCCUGUGUUGCAAAGGUAUAAACCACAUCUUUGUGUGCAGAUUACAAUAAACCUGUGUGAUAUAAAAUAGGGAUCAUCUAACAUUGCCAUUCCUUGCUGCUGGAUAGUCUUUGCCUAAAUGCAUUUUUUUGGUGGUUACUGUUCCAUGCUGGCAUCCCUGCCCCCUCUACCAGUAUUAUUUAGUCCUUUUUCUGAUAUUAUAAGUAUUUUUUUUUUCUAGUUAUGCACAGUUUAGUCAGUCUCGGAGGACAAUGCCUCUGGGAAACAAGUUGCAACUGUAUACUGUAUUAUAUGGAGAAAAGUUAUUUUGAGACAAUGUAAAGCUCACAGAGCUCUCAGUAUUAAAGACAGAUUUCUAGGGUUUUUAUUAGAAAGAUAUUUGCUUGUUAACCCUGUCAUUCUUGGCUGUAUGGGAAUUUACCCUUGAGAAGUGUUAAUUUUUUUUCUAAACUAUAGUCUAUUGCUGUAAUUUAUAUUGAUGGGGUUUAUAACAG